AGAAGAACGGCAAAGGAGGCUAGGUCCUUGGUCGAAUUCUAUAGAAAGGAGCUCGUCUUCGUCGUUCUCAUCGAGAUCGAGGAGAGAGAGAGAGAGAGAGAACGCGGAGAAGGGAGAGAAGAUCUUGAGGUGGCGGAAUCUACCUGGUUCUUGCUAUAUUGGAAGAUUUUCGCCAAUCGGAGGUUGAUUUCGUAUAUAAAUGGGGGAUCAUGUUGUGUUGUGUGUGGAUCGCCUGACAGAUCCUCAGGAGGUGGAAACGAAGCAGCCGGGAGAGCGUUCCCCUGCUUCUUCCUUUGUUUCUGUCCCACCAGCUGUGGGUGGUGGCAAGGAGAAGGGGAUGGAAGAAAUGGUUGAUGCGAAAGAAGAGGAUCCGCUGAUUCAGAUGGUUGAGUGUCGCAUUUGCCAGGAAGAGGAUCAUAUCAAGAACCUCGAGACCCCCUGCGCUUGUAGCGGCAGCCUCAAGUAUGCUCAUAGGAAUUGUGUUCAGCGAUGGUGCAAUGAGAAAGGAGACAUAACUUGUGAAAUCUGCCAUGAGACAUACAAGCCUGAUUACACAGCACCUCCUCGUCCUCCUGACGAAACAACUAUUGAUAUAACUGGGGCGUGGACCAUCACGGGUUCACCGAUGGACUUGCGUGAUCCUCGUAUUCUUGCAAUGACAACAGCUCAACACCACUUUCUUGAAGCAGAGUAUGAUGAGUAUGCCGCUACUAAUAGUAGUGGCGCUGCAUUCUGCCGCUCUGCUGCUCUAAUUUUAAUGGCACUUCUUCUUCUGAGGCAUGCAUUAAGCAUCACUACUGAUGGAGAUGAUGAUCCUUCCACUUAUUUUUCCCUAUUUUUGCUUCGGGCUGCCGGAUUUUUAUUGCCAUGUUAUAUCAUGGCAUGGGCUAUAAGCAUCCUACAUCAGAGAAGGCAAAGAAGGGAAGCAGCGGCAUUGGCAGCAGCUGAAGUAGCAUUUAUUCUACAAUCAGGAAGAGGAAGGAGCCUGCAGUUUACGAUUGCGCCUGAAACCCCUGCAACUCCUCAGCAAGAGCCACAUCAAUGAAUGCAUAUUUCAGAUAGCUUACAUUAUGUACAAAACAGCUGCCUACAGCAGCCAUGAGUUCGAUUCAUCCCCAUUUGUGCUUCAUGGCGAAAAUUAUAAUAUAUUUGUUUAUUUGUUUUCUUUCUCUAUCUCUUAUAAUAUAUAUAUAUAUAUAUUGUAACUUUCUGCAUGUUGUCCAAGAAACCUAGAAUUUUAGAUUUGUAAAUAAUUGAAAUGAUUUUCAGAAUUGUGGAGAUAAGGUGCUUUUGA